CAAACAACACAUUUUAAAUAGGAUAUAAUACUAUUUGAUUUUGAUUUGGAAACGCCAUACUUGUCCGAUUUUCGUUUCGCUAAUAUUGUAAGCGUUUCUAUUGUUAUGUAUUCAAGUAUGAGCGCAUUGCCAAAUUUUAUAUAUUAUUGCUAUGAUCAAUAGCUAGGAAACAUUUGCGAUGAUUUGUUAUCUUGUCAUACAGAUCAAUUGCUAUAAGAUUUGUUUGUUCGUAUGCUGAGUUCUUUCGUCCCGUGAACAUGGCUAUGGUCAUUAGGAGGCGGGUUUCUCCUUUUAGUACAUGUAGUUGGUGACUACCUCAUCGAGCAACAUACAAUAGGCCAGUCGCAUGCCAUCAGGAGCAAUUAAGAUUAAGAGUCUAGCCUAUUACAAGAAAAUCCUUUAAAAAAUACAAGAAGAAUAUGUCCAAGUUAUUAUAAUUUACAGAAAACCUGAAGUAUAUUUUUUAUAUAUACUACGUAUCAAAUACUUAUAACACUCAAUCCAACUUAUUAGAUACGGUAUAUUCUAGCAUGUGCAUUGGAGAAGAUUCAAUUAAUUCAACACACAAUAUUUCCCAAUGUAUUUAGAUUUACUACAUAAAUGAAAGGCUAUGUACCCUGAAAAGUUUCGAUAGAUUUUCCGAAGGUGCUAUUUACAUUAUUGUUGUUAGCAUUAUACCUUUAAUGAAUUGCUAUUACCGAUAUGAAUUCAUGCGUGAAAUGAACUACAUUUUUCACUGAUGCAGUAAGCAUAGCAUCAUAUAUCGACAUUAAUAACACUACUGGAUACAUGUGUACCAAGGAUAUUGAUGUCCUUUGUAAAGAUGAUAUAUAAAUACAACGAGUCAAAAUGGGAUAUCUGAUAUAAAUAAAAACAUUGAUGAAUGCAAUCUGUUGGAAAAAUAAUUACAAAUUCCGUCGUGGAACAGUUGAAAUAGAAAAUGAUAAUUAAGAGAGAACUGUUGACACAAAAAACUAGUAACUAUGAUAGCCAUCGAAUAAAUGACCUUUGUUUAAAUAAACUAAAAAGUAUAUGGUCGCAAUGUUUGAUUAGGUAAAUAUGUAUGUACUUUUUAUUAAUAGUAAAGGUAAAUGUAUCUCUCGUGGGAUUAGUUGCAAUUAGACUAGUAUUCAAUAACUCUGUGGUUUGAUCAAUAAAGAGGAGUGGCUCACAUUGGUAUUUCCAAGCUAUUACUAAGAAGAGAAAGCAUAUAUCAAACACAGCAAGUACUUCGUGUAACGACAUCAUCUGUGGAUUCCUCACCGUUCACCACUGAAAUAUAAUAAUAUGAUAAGAGUUCAUAAAUGUGUUGGGAGUACCAUACGGCUUUUGUGAUGACACUGGUUGAAAUGUGGAGAUCAGCUGUUUUGAAGGAAAAAGUAUACAUUUCUAUCAUUUUGCGGUAGUCAUCACAUUAUUGUUCAAGGGAUCAUUCAGUAUUCAAUAGAGGAUCUGUGGCAUGGGACAGAGAAAUCUACUGAUGCAAAUACAUUUUCAAAUAGAUAUAUAUUUCUACUUCAAACAUUUCGCAUUAUAGUGGACAGUUUCAAGACAUAUUCAUCAAAUUGCAUAUCGUAUUGUGCUUUGUUAUGUUUCGUUCGUAGCCAUUUUGCUGGAAGUAUAUUAACAGAUAUAUGUGCUCGCGAUUUCCGUGCAGCAGUAUACACGUACUAGAAUAUAUCUAAUUGGUUAUAACUGUAUAAGUGGUGAAUCGAGGGAGGAAAGUGUAGAUCCUUCUACGAAGUAUUUUAAACAUACUAACACUUGAGUACAAAUAAUUAAUUAGCAGCAAUGAGAACUAUUUCGCUGGUGUCGCUACUUUGUGUGCUUGCAACUCUUCCUUGUCCUGCCACAUCAUACACACACGACAAUGUGAAAGCUCUGCUUACAAACAUCUUCACAACUAACUCGUACAACAAGAUGGUUCGCCCUUCCGCAGAUCAAUUCGUCCCAAUUAUUUUGUACGUGAACUUAAAUUUAGUUGGAAUAACUGAUAUCGACGAGGUGCAAGAAAAGAUGACAUGUACUGCCUUCUUAGAACUAGUCUGGAUAGACGAAUAUAUGAAUUGGAAUCCGGUCGAUUAUAACGACACCAGUGUCAUAUAUGUACCACAGAAAAAUAUCUGGAAGCCAGAUAUUUCUUUGGAAAAUGGAUUUACAAAACUAACGGAACUUGGCGAUGAUUUUUUACUGACUCAGAUUUCCAGCGAAGGUAAUGUCUUGUGGCGUCCAUAUGAUGUAUUUGAGACAAAGUGCUCAAUAAACAUAAGGUAUUUUCCAUUUGAUAAACAAACGUGUGAUAUAAAAUUUGGCGUUUGGACCAGCCCGCUGAGUGAGGUAGACGUUGAGAUAGGAAGUGAUGGCAUCUUGCUUGAUGAAUAUCAACCUAAUGGUGAAUGGGAUCUCCUAACAACUUCUGCCGAAGCUUCAGAGUCACAACAGGAUGGCGCUAUCGUCACAUUUUCUAUAACUGUGAAAAGAAAGCCUCAGUACAUUCUCUAUAACGUAGUACUUCCGAUUAUAAUGCUGUCUCUACUUUCGGUGUUCGUAUUUGCUCUACCCGUCGACAGUGGCGAGAAGAUUGGCUAUAUAAUGACAGUAUACUUAGCCUUUGCAGUUUUUCUAACGAUUGUAAGUGCGUCACUUCCGGUAAGCUCUUCCAUGUCCUUAUUGAGUAUGUACCUGAUAUUGCUUCUGAGUUUGGGAACUGCAAUUGUCAUGAUUACAAUUCUAGAACUCAGAAUCCACUACCGCGACGGAUCAUAUGAAAUACCCAAAAUUGCUAUAUGCAUGGUUCGCUUUAGCAAAACGUUGCGGUGCAUCAAGUGGAACCAGGUCAGUCUAGAUGUGACGGCAUUUGAAGAGAGCCUUAACGACGGUAAAGGAAAAUUGGAAAAUAUCAAAGAGGUACACAUGUCGAAGAAACCCAUCAAGAAGGCUUUCGCGAAACCAGACCUGUCUCUUGAGUUGACUUGGGCAGAUGUUACGUCCGCAAUUGACUUCUUCUGUUUUUGGUUUUUCUUGCUGACAAACAUAACCACAACAUGCAUUAUAUUUUUAGAUGGCUACUUCAAGAGUAAUAUGUAGAUUUUGUUAAAUACCAUAUUGAGGUAUUUUGAUGAAUCAACAUUUUCCCAAUCUCAAAAUAAGUAUAAUUUAAUGCAACAUGAUGAAUUUAUCUUGACCUACGCAUAUUAGAAUCCAUAAUUACAUAUGUAAUAUGACUAUUGUCUCAAAUUUCACGCCAUCAGCUUAUUUAUGUUUAAUAAUUAACCAUCGUCCAGCCAUAACUUAAGAAAUGUUUUUCAAAUGCCAUAUUAACCACUGAAAAACAAAACAUAUAUAGUAUCAUUGUGCUAAAAAAUUGUUUUAAUUAUAAACGUUCCAUUCAGUUAGUGUCGGCAGGAUAACAGUGAGCCAUUUUACACGGAUCAGGAAAGAGAAUAAAACUCGUAAGAAAAGUUUAAUAAACUGCGGAUGAUAUUUACUUUUUGCCUGUUUAGUUCAUUGGAAUUAAUCAAUUAUGAAUUUUUCUAUCAAUUUAUCUCCAAUGCUUGCACAUGUACAUACCAAUGCCACUAAUAGAGAUGAAUUUGGCAAAUAGUGUAGGUUAUAUAAUCAAUCAUAUACACGUAUUAUCAUUGCUCUCAAAUACUUAUUUACAGUUUGGCUCUAUUGUAUGGUGGAUAGAUUAACUGUUAGCUCAAAACUAACAAACAAUUAAUGACUUGUUUUCUGGUGAAUACGGUGAUUUUUUCGAAGCCUAUUAACAUUUUUGGGAACGAACUGGUGUGGUUGCAUUGUUAUAUGAACCUGAAGCACUGGUUUUGGGUUGAUAUGAUAUCUGAGGAAUGUGUGAAUGUUUUGAAUCAACCAAUCAGUGAAAGGAGAAAGACACAGUCAUAUAAUAAUAAGAAGUAAAUAUUUUACAGUUAUGAUAUUAUAUUGGCAAAAUAAACGCAAAAUUGAACAAGAUAAAAAAAAAAUAAAUAAAAGUAUGUUAGCCGGUUCCGAUAGCUACAUUAAGUAGAUACUAGAAAUAUGACGAUAUUGGGAAGUUUUAAUUAAUAGUGUAGACAUUUAGAAAUAGUUAACUGACAUACAUAAAAUACCAUGAAUAAAUCGAUAUCACCUUUCUCAUUUGCUUUUAUCGAUAAAAGGUACAGUAGCAAUCGAUGACACCGACAGGUAUACGUAUUAUUAACCGAAGGACAUGAUUAUUUCUACUGUCGCCGUUCCGAUGUCGGGAAAUGAUUAAUUGACGAUGAUGAAAUGCAUGCACUUCAGGAAUCAAUACGUAAUAUACCUAAAUCAUUUUGAUAAACUUUAGCAUUACUAUUAUACACCAUCCGCUUUGACAUUGCACAGUUAUCAUAAGAAAUCAGGGUGCAGACGUUCAAAGGGGUAAUCAGGUAAGCAGAGUUAAAGAGGAAUUUCAAAAAAAAAAAUAUUUCUUUCUGCAUGCCAAUAUUAAGAAAUAACAACACUCUGGUUUUGAAGUUAAGAAGAAACGAAAUUGUCACUAAUCAAGUUUUUAAGCUAAUAAUCUUUUGAACAACUUGGCCCUGGUAAUCAAAGUCCAGUUAUAUUUGGCAUGUGCUUAAUGUCAGUAAAAGAAGUAAAAAGGAUGAAACAUAUUUUGCUUAUCAUUUGAGUGAAAUCGAGCUAUCAAUGACUGUAAAUACUUCAAAUAUUAUUAUUUACUGAAUUAUAAUAUCAAUUUGCCGUCGAGUAAAUAGUAAUACAUUGAUUGACCGAGUUCUAUGUUACAAUGAUAUCUAAGAUAUGACAGUGCAUUUACAUCGUGUCUGAAACAAGCAGAGUGAGAUAUAUUUUACAAGAAACAUUUAUAUGAUUUUUGUCGCCCUGCAAAUUUUGGGUUAAUUCCUGGUACGAUUGAAAAAUUAAUAAAUACAUGAUAUAUUUUUAGGACCUGAUUCUGUAUCACAGUUAGUUAGCAACAAUUCUGUGUAUCCAUAUGGAUAAUUUGAAAUGAAAUGACUGAAGUAAUAGUCUCAAGUUGAUUUGUUUGGUUUUAGAAUAACAUAUUUAUUAAA